AUGCAGGUGAAAAAUCAAAUAUGUACUGAGAGGAGCACCGACGACGACCCGGAGCACGAUGACAACCAGAAAAAGACAUCAUGUUUUUCCAACAUAAAGAUUUUCCUUGUGUCAGAAUGUGCGCUCAUGCUAGCGCAAGGCACGGUCGGAGCGUAUUUGGUGAGUGUCCUGACAACACUGGAGCGACGUUUUAACCUGCAGAGUGCUGAUGUGGGUGUCAUUGCCAGCAGUUUUGAGAUUGGGAACCUUGCCCUCAUCCUGUUUGUCAGCUACUUUGGAGCCAAGGCCCACCGUCCCCGCCUGAUUGGCUGCGGAGGGAUCGUCAUGGCGCUGGGGGCAUUGCUGUCUGCCCUGCCGGAGUUCCUGACCCACCAGUAUGAGUAUGAGGCAGGAGAGUCAUGGCAUGCCGAAGACGGGAGAGACAUAUGCUCCAAUAGCUCCCGGACAGAGAGCAAGGCCUCGGGGUUUAACUGUGGGGACCGGGCAAACACCAACAUGAUGUACUUGCUGCUGAUUGGGGCCCAAGUCCUGCUUGGCAUUGGCGCCACACCCGUCCAACCUCUGGGAGUGUCCUACAUUGAUGACCAUGUCCACAGGAAGGACUCCUCGUUGUACAUAGGUAUUUUAUUUUCAACAUUAGUGUUUGGCCCUGCGUGUGGUUUCAUCUUGGGUUCUGUCUGUACCAAAGUCUAUGUUGAUGCUGUUUUCAUGGACACAAGUAAGCUGGACAUCACACCAGAUGACCCUCGCUGGAUCGGUGCCUGGUGGGGGGGCUUCCUGCUCUGCGGUGCCUUACUCUCUCUGUCGGCCCUCUUCAUGUUUGGCUUCCCCCAGGCCCUAGAUGAGCAGGACGUGGACAGUGGAGGGGAGAGUGAGCAGGCCAUGCUGCCUCCCUCCCUGAGCUCAGAGUACCAGGGCUCCAAGCCGAGCAAUGGAUCAAUGCAUGGCUUUGACCUCAACAGCGGGCUAACUGUCUGUGAGCAUCUGAGAGUUAUCCCACGGGUGACAAAGCAUCUACUGUCUAACCCCGUGUUCAGCUGCAUCACCUUGGCAGCCUGCAUGGAGAUUGCUGUGGUUGCCGGUUUUGCCGCCUUCCUGGGCAAAUACCUGGAGCAGCAAUUUAACCUCACCACCUCCUCGGCCAAUCAGCUCUUAGGGAUGACGGCCAUCCCAUGUGCCUGUCUGGGGAUCUUCCUAGGGGGCCUGUUGGUUAAGAAGCUGAACCUGUCAGCUCUGGGGGCCGUCCGCAUGGCCAUGCUGGUGAACCUGGUGUCCACUGCCUGUUACGUCUCCUUCCUUUUCCUAGGCUGCGACACAGGGCCCGUUGCUGGGGUUACAGUUGCCUAUGGCAACGAGACGUUGCAUUCCUGGCAGCGACCAGAGUCACCCUGUAUCAACAACUGUAACUGCUACACAGCCUCAGUCAGCCCGGUGUGUGGCUCCAAUGGAGUCACCUACCUCUCGGCCUGCUUCGCCGGCUGUACCAAGCCAAACCUGACUGGUUGUACCUGUAUAUCCAGUAGCAGUGAGGAAGCAGUGGCUUUGCCUGGGAAAUGCCCAAGUCCCGGCUGUCAGCAGGCCUUCCUCACCUUCUUGUCUGUUAUCUGUGUGUGCAGUAUGAUUGGAGCCAUGGCCCAGACACCCUCUGUCAUCAUCCUUAUCAGGACUGUCAGCCCAGAGCUCAAGUCUUACGCCCUUGGGGUUUUGUUUCUACUGCUAAGACUGAUUGGAUUCAUACCUCCUCCUCUCAUCUUCGGCAUGGGCAUCGACUCCACUUGUCUCUUCUGGAGCACAGUGUGUGGGGAUAAAGGUGCCUGCAUGCUGUACGACAACGUGGCUUACAGGCACCUAUAUGUCAGCAUCGCCAUCGUCCUCAAGUCAUCUGCAUUCCUCCUGUACGCUACCACCUGGCAGUGUCUGAGGAGGAACUACAAGAAGUACAUCAAGAACAGCGAGGGCUACCUCACCCCCACCGAACUGUUUGCCUCCAACAUGACUCUAGACAACUUGGGCAAGGAGAUCACCCAGAACCCAGCCACCAGGACAAAAUUCAUAUACAACCUAGAGGACCAUGAGAUGUGUGACAACAUGGAAUCAGUUUUAUAG